AUGCAUCCAUUCCGCAUUACUUCUCUACUGCUGCUGAGCCUUGGCGGCCUUGGGGUGGCUGCCAAGUCGCUCAGCUUGGAAGGCAUUCCCAGUUGUGCUAUCACCUGCAUGGUCAAAGCCCUUCCUGCAACGACCUGCUCUCCUACCGACGGCGCGUGCCUCUGCGUCGAUCCCAAGUUCAACGCCGCAGUACAACCCUGUAUUCAAUCAACAUGCACGAUCCAAGAGAGUCUAGUUGUCACCAAUGCAACCUGGUCGAACUGCGGUUUCCCGUACAGUAACCAGACUUCCAACAUCCAUUGGAUCAGUGGAGUUGUCACUGUCAUUGCUGUCAUAUUCAUCAUGAUGAGGAUGGCUACGAAGAUCGCAAAGCUCUCUGCCUGGGGCGCGGACGACACUGUCAUCAUCAUUGCUUUUGCGUUGUUCAUUGGGUUCUAUGCUGAACUCUUUUACUUCGUUAGAGCAGGACUCGGGAAAGAUAUCUGGACUUUGCAUGACUACGAGAUUACCUAUUUUCUCAAGCUCCUCUUUGUCCUCGAAUUCUUCUAUAUCAUCGGUCUGGGCGUCGUUAAGGCGUCCAUCCUUUUCUUCUUCCUGAAGAUCUUCCCCAAUCGAAGCUUCCGUCGCAUCUUGUGGUUCAUGCAGAUCCUCAACAUGCUUGUGGUGCUGUCCUAUGUGAUUCUAUGCUUCGCGCAAUGCCAACCGUUCUCCCACUUCUGGAACGGAUGGGAUGGCGCACACGAAGGCCACUGCGUCGACUUGAACAGGAUUGGACUGAGCCACGUCUCACUCAAUAUCACCCUCGACAUUAUUAUGCUUAUUCUACCUAUCACGCAGAUCUAUAAGCUUCAAUUGAACAGGAAGAAGAAGACUGGUGUCAUGGCCAUGUUCUUGGUCGGUGUGUUCCUCACUAUCGUCAGCAUCCUGCGCAUCAAGACACUCAUCGCAUUUGCAACCUCGCUGAAUACCACCGCAGACUCAGUAGCUGUCGUCCUCUGGGCCUAUGUGGAGCUGGGAGUCGGCAUCGUAGUCGCGUGUAUGCCUAGCGUCUGGCAGCUGCUGAAGACUCUGCCGUCCAAGGUGAUUCAGCUGUCGACGACGCUGGCAUCCAAUAUUAGUCACUCAGGCACUCGCACCCGGCCCAGUUCGCAGAUCUUCCUUGAUAAACAGAGCCCGACCAAGCAGUCGUUCAGGGAGACUGCAUCAACUCAGGCUGCUUCGACAUCAGCGCCAUCAAUUUCGAGUCAUUGA